CUGCAUACAAGAAUGCUCUAGACUUCAAGUCAGGAAUUCACGAAACCAGUCGCAGUGAUUGUUCAUCUGCUUGUUUAACCUCUCUUCCGCACCUAGUAGAUUGCAUUCACAUUUCCGUAAUUCACUCCCCCAGAACCCCCUUCGCAAUGGACAGACGUGGUCGGGGCCGCGGCGGCGGUGUUCCCUACGGAAGGUCUCCUCCCAGGACCCUACCGCACGCUCCCAUCCGCACCACCGAGGGCAUAUGCGGCACACAGCCUCCGCGAGCAGAGGACAGCGAGGCAGCGACGACAGCCUCGGCCUCAGAACCGCAGGGGACGCCGCCCAGGAGCUUUGACGCUUCUCUGGACGAUGUGAAGCAGGUCAAGAUGCUCCUUACCUCCAAGGGCUUGCCCUGGGAGAUUGUCAACAUCAUCAUGGAUAGGGCCGAGUACUGGGCCUGCAGCAAGUCCUCCAUAGACUACAGGCAACUCGGCAUGAGGUAUUUGGGCAUCGCUGGUGGCGACCCGGAACGGGAAGACAGAUUUCUGCUUCGUUGUGACCCUGUCGGACUAACCAAAUGGACUCCGCCUGCUCGCGAUUCGCCUGGCCAUGAGAUGUGGUCGACAGCUGCAGAGCCAAGGGUCGUCACUGAGACUGACGAGAGUUUAAUUAUGAGCCCUGGUAGUGGGCAGCACGACGGAAUUGACACCGCAGCCCUAUCUCCAAACGCGGGUACGAAACCGCCAACACCGACAGCAGCAUCGACAACAGACCACUUGGAGUUCGGCAAAGAGACCCUAGAGGAAUUCACGGAUGUCCCCGUGCCAACGCUGGAGAACCCUGUGAGAAAAUUAGUCUUUGACAUAUUCAGUUGUGACCAAGGAUUCGGUGGUAACGACCCAGGAAUAAGGCCAGAUGCACCCUACGACGGCUCACAUACCUGGUUUGACGUCGGUAUCGACAGGUUCGACAAGGCCAUCAACUGCGCGAAAGAUUGCGAAGAACAGGAGAACACAGAUCCCAGCGACACCUCCACCAGUACCGAACCCCAUGCUGAACUUCGCACCUGCAUGAUCCGCUCAGUCUGGCCACUGUCCAGGAGCUCAGACACCACCAAGAGCACCGUGACCGAUGGCAACAGCAGCAGGCGGACGGCAAACGUCCCAGGAGGCUCAAAGAAGCUCUACCACGCCCUACAUCCUGACUAUAAGCACGUCAUCCACUUCAACAAGCGUGUCGAGCGCGAAGUGCAGCAUCACCACGUCGAGUGGUCCUGGCUGGAUGGCAGCGUUACUGAGCACGUAGAUAUAGGAUAUCUCGGCCGCGUCCCCAACGGCAACGGUGACUUUGUGCGUGGGCUUCGGCUAGGAGACAUGGUCACAAUCUGGGGUCGUGCGAGAUACCUCGGUUGGAGAAACAAGGUAACGAGUGUAGAUGUCAGGAUCUACUACGCCGUUUGAGUCAGAGGAUAUGGUGUGUGGUGUAGUACGAGAGUAGGACCGACCACUUGACAAACCAGUCUCUUAGCAACAACUCUGAUGUGCCGCUGUGGUCAAAUGAGAGUUUGACACGGGAAAUAUUUGCGUCAACGAAACUAAACAUUCUCUUCGAAAUUCAAUGUGUCCGAGAGUAUAUACCGAGCAUUAAAGCGCAAAUAAAGUACAAAUUGGACCGAGUUUUCCG